AUGGCUGAAUUUAUAAUUAAUUAUGCCAGACAAAGAAAUUAUAAGGAAAGAAGGUCUCCAAUAGGUGAUGAUUUUCGUCGUUUGUACCGGUUUAGUGAAGAAGGUGUGCGAUUGUUAACGGAGGAAUUUUUGGGCCCGAGCUCAGAAACGCGUGGUGGUGCUCUCACAAAUGAAGAAAAAAUAAGAACAUUUCUGCGAUACAUAGGAGACCCGGGGUUCCAAAUUGGAGUUGGUGAAGACGUUGGAGUUCAUCAAUCUACGGUCUCUAGAGUGGUGCAGCGAGUUUCUGCAGAAACUGCAAGCCAGGCCAAGAAUUGGAUUAUAUUCCCACAUACUGUGGAAGAAAUACUAGAAGCGCAAAGGUUAUGGAGCUCGAAGUACGAGUUUCCUUAUGCAAUUGGUGCUUUAGAUUACACUCAUGUCCGAAUAAGGAAACCUUUAACCUAUCAUGAGGAGGAUACUACUCCAUUAAUGUUCAAGCUUCAUGCAAUGCGGAAGAAAAGUUUACAAGUGUUGACGUUUGCUGGCCAGGAUCCUCACAUCAAUAAUAAUAACUCAUCAGGAAUACUUCUCGGUGAUGAAGGUUAUGGCAUUACUCCAUGUUUAAUGACCCCGUUUAAAGAAACGAAUAAUGACAUCAAACGUAAUUUUAAUUCUGUUUUGACAAAAGAAAGAGUUAUUAUAGAGAGAUGCUUUGGACAAAUCAAACAGAGAUUUCCUAUUUUGCAAUAUAAAGUUCGAGUGAAGCAAGAAACCAUUCCAAAUUUAAUAGCUUCUUGUUUUAUUUUGCAUAACUUCGCUAAGUAUUUACACGAAGACGAAAUUGUUGAUGAAAGCAAUCAAAUCAUUCCAACUAACGAUGCCACUGAAGGUCAAAUCCUUCCGACUGCAGCCCGUAUUAGAAACACCGGACAACAACAUAUAUCAUUUUCACUUUCAGACGACAUUUUUUUUCACUCGCCUUACAUGAAGAAGAAUCAUAACUAA